GGAAGGCCGGGCGCCGCCAUGGCGAGUCAGUCGCAGGGCAUCCAGCAGCUGCUGCAGGCCGAGAAGCGCGCCGCCGAGAAGGUGGCCGAGGCCCGCAAGCGAAAGAAUCGGAGGCUGAAGCAGGCAAAAGAAGAAGCCCAGGCAGAGAUUGAGCAGUACCGCCUGCAGAGGGAGAAGGAGUUCAAAGCCAAGGAAGCAGCGGCACUUGGAUCUCAUGGCAGCUGCACCACUGAAGUUGAGAAAGAGACCCAGGAAAAGAUGAGCGUAAUCCAGCAGAACUUCCAGAAGAACCGUGAGGUGGUCCUCUCCCAGCUGUUGUCGCUGGUGUGUGACAUCAAACCUGAAAUCCAUGUGAAUUACCGCAUCAAUGGGUAGUAGUGGAAGAAGGAAUAAGCAUACUGGAAAUGCUGGUAGUAACAUAUGAGCUUCAGGUGGAAUGUACAGCUCUUAGCCAUACCUUAACUGUUCUUUGUAAACGUGUUGAAUUAUUUCAGUGAGUCAUAGGUCAUCAAUAUCUUGUUGGAGUUCUGUUAGUUUCUCUCUUGACAUGGAUUCAGAGCUUAUUCAAACAUUAAAUGGCCAUGUCUCAAAUCUGUGCUAAGUUAUUAAAUAUAUAUUCAAGUUGGCACAUUAAUGUUCCCUUUUUAUCUGGAGAGUGUUCAGUGAGAGGCUUUCCUCUGCAAGGUAGAAAGGGGAGAGAAAUGCUGGCCAGGUUUAAAUGGAGAGCCUGUGUCAGUAAUUGUUAGACCUGUGUAACUGUAUUCUUGUUGACCAAAAUGCAUUUUUCAUUGUGUUGUUAACCUUUGUACAGGGGUUAAACCUUGUAAGAAGAAUUCUCUGGCUGUACAGUGUUGGCUGAUAAUUUUCAGGUGCUUGAGUUGCUCUGUAUUGAAUAUCCUCUGUAUAUUCUGCUGUUAGCUUGAGUUACAAGUCUGGCACUAUGACACUUGAAAGUAAAAACACUUAUUUAACUCCAAA